CUGGCCACACGCUUUAGCACCAUUGACCUCUGCGCGGUCCUCGCGGAGCUGAAUGCGAGCUUGCUGGGAAUGAGAGUAAACAAUGUUUAUGAUGUGGAUAAUAAGACCUACCUUAUCCGGCUUCAAAAACCAGACUGUAAAGCCACGCUUUUGCUUGAAUCUGGCAUACGAAUUCACACGACUGAAUUUGAGUGGCCGAAAAACAUGAUGCCUUCUAGUUUCGCUAUGAAGUGCCGAAAGCAUUUGAAGAGUCGGAGGUUAGUGAGUGCGAAACAACUGGGUGUGGAUAGAAUUGUCGAUUUUCAGUUUGGAAGUGAUGAAGCUGCUUAUCAUUUGAUCAUUGAGCUCUAUGAUAGGGGGAACAUUAUUCUUACGGAUUAUGAGUACCUAAUUUUAAAUAUCCUAAGGUUUAGAACUGAUGAAACCGAUGAUGUGAAGUUUGCCGUUCGUGAGCGCUAUCCAGUGGAUCAUGCCAGAGCUGCCGAGCCUUUGCUUACUUUGGAAAGAUUGACUGAAGUAAUAACCAGUGCACCAAAGGGCGAACUACUGAAGAGAGUUCUCAACCCUUUACUUCCCUAUGGGCCUGCUCUCAUUGAACACUGCCUAAUGGAAAGUGGUUUCCCUGGCAAUGUCAAAGUGGAUGAAAAGCUAGAAGGUAAAGAUGUUGAAAAAGUACUGGCUUGUCUCCAAAAGGCAGAAGAGUAUAUGAAGACAACAUCCAACUUCAGGGGAAAGGGCUACAUCAUUCAGAAAAGAGAAGUAAAACCAAGCCUGGAAACAGAUAAACCAAGUGAAGAUAUACUCACGUAUGAGGAAUUUCAUCCUUUCUUGUUUUGUCAGCAUUCACAGUGUCCAUAUAUAGAAUUUGAAUCUUUUGACAAGGCCGUGGAUGAAUUCUAUUCCAAGAUAGAAGGUCAGAAAAUUGACUUAAAAGCCUUACAACAGGAAAAACAAGCAUUGAAGAAAUUGGAUAAUGUCCGGAAAGAUCAUGAAAACAGAUUAGAAGCUCUUCAGCAGGCUCAGGAAAUAGACAAACUGAAAGGAGAGCUCAUUGAAAUGAACCUGCAGAUAGUUGACAGAGCCAUUCAGGUGGUUCGAAGUGCUUUAGCCAACCAGAUCGACUGGACGGAAAUUGGGUUAAUUGUGAAAGAAGCGCAAGCUCAGGGAGACCCUGUCGCAAAUGCAAUCAAAGAAUUAAAACUGCAAACAAAUCAUGUCACAAUGCUGCUAAGAAAUCCAUACUUGUUAUCAGAGGAGGAAGAUGAUGAUGUUGAUGGCGAUGUCACUGUUGAGAAAAAUGAGACUGAAGCACUAAAAGGAAAAAGGAAGAAGCAGAAGAACAAACAGCUGCAGAAGCCUCAGAAGAACAGGCCCUUGUUGGUGGAUGUGGAUCUCAGCCUGUCGGCGUAUGGCAAUGCCAAGAAGUAUUAUGAUCACAAGAGAUACGCUGCUAAGAAAACACAGAAGACUGUGGAAGCUGCUGAGAAGGCAUUCAAAUCAGCUGAAAAGAAAACAAAGCAAACCUUAAAAGAAGUUCAAACAGUGACCUCUAUUCAAAAAGCAAGAAAAGUGUAUUGGUUUGAAAAAUUUCUGUGGUUCAUUAGCUCAGAGAACUAUCUGAUUAUAGGUGGACGAGAUCAGCAACAGAAUGAAAUAAUUGUGAAAAGGUACUUGACACCAGGAGACAUUUAUGUACAUGCUGACCUGCACGGAGCUACCAGUUGUGUGAUUAAGAAUCCAACAGGAGAACCCAUCCCACCAAGGACCUUGACUGAGGCUGGCACCAUGGCACUUUGCUACAGUGCUGCCUGGGAUGCCCGAGUGAUCACUAGUGCUUGGUGGGUGUACCAUCAUCAGGUGUCUAAAACAGCGCCAACCGGAGAAUAUUUGACAACAGGAAGUUUCAUGAUAAGAGGCAAAAAGAACUUCCUUCCUCCUUCGUAUCUAAUGAUGGGGUUUAGCUUCCUCUUUAAGGUAGAUGAGUCUUGUGUUUGGAGACAUCGUGGCGAACGGAAAGUCAGAAUACAGGAUGAAGACGCGGAAGCCCUGGCAGGAGGCUCAAGUGAGCUCAUCUCAGAAGAGAUGGAACAGCUAGACGGAGAUGACACCAGCAGUGAAGAAGAUAAAGAGGAAUUACAUGAACCUCCUGAAGAAGUGGAGUUUAGGGCUCAGUUUGACCAAGAUGAUGUUGCUGUGCAGAGUGGUGGUAAUGAACUGAUUGAAGAAGUCCUUGAGGAGAGCUCUGGAGACGAGGCAGAAGGGGAAGAGGCCGUGAAAGACCCAGAGCCUUCCGGUGAAGCAGAGCAUGAAGGGGAGGAGCUGCUGCACUAUCCUGACACUGCCAUUGAUUUGUCCCACCUUCAGUCCCAAAGGUCCCUCCAGAAGUUGACUUCAAAAGAGGAAUCUUCUAAUUUGAGUGACAGUAAAUUACAGAGCCGGAGACAUUUGUCAGCCAAGGAAAGAAGGGAAAUGAAGAAGAAGAAAUUUACAAGUGACUCAGGAGAUUCAGAAAUGACAGAGGGAAAAGACAAAGAGAGUACUGUACCCACCGAGGCUCAUCUGAAUGCAAGCAGAAAUACUGCAGCUACACAGCCAAUGAAACGAGGACAAAAGAGUAAAAUGAAAAAGAUGAAGGAGAAGUACAAAGACCAAGACGAAGAAGAUCGUGAACUGAUCAUGAAAUUGCUGGGGUCUGCAGGUUCAAACAAAGAAGAAAAAGGGAAAAAGGGGAAAAAAGGAAAAACAAAGGAUGAACCUGUGAAGAAACAGCCUCAGAAACCCAGAGGUGGACAGAGGGUUCCUGACAGCCUUCAGAAAGCAAAGCCGCCCAUUGAUGUUGUCACUCACGAGGUACAGGACCUAGCUGUGGAUGAUCCGCAGGAUGACAAGGAAGACCAAGAUCUGGAUCAACAGGGAAAUGAGGAAAAUCUGUUUGAUUCUUUGACAGGCCAGCCACAUCCUGAAGAUAUACUGCUGUUUGCCAUUCCAAUCUGUGCUCCUUACACCACCAUGACAAACUAUAAAUACAAAGUGAAGCUUACUCCUGGAGUUCAGAAGAAGGGAAAAGCUGCAAAAACAGCCCUGAAUAAUUUCAUGCAUUCCAAAGAAGCAACAGCAAGAGAGAAAGAUUUAUUCCGCAGUGUAAAGGACACAGAUUUAUCAAGAAACAUUCCUGGUAAAGUGAAGGUGUCUGCACCCAAUCUUCUGAGUGUAAAAAGGAAAUAGGUGAAAUAAAUUCUAAGUAUUUGAGAAGA